UAACGCGCGCCUCGAAGCUCUAUCGCAGUACGAUCAUUUGUUUUAUUCUCCACUGAUUGUUAGUGUUAAUACCCUCAUCUAGUCAACAUGCAGCAAGUUGGAGAAAAUGCAUUUUUACCAAUUGAUCCUUACCACACACCAGGAUAUGGUGGAUAUUGUCCCCAGUUCAAAUAUCAGAUCGGACAAACUUUUGGUCGAACCACCAGACGUCUACUUCAAGAUGACGAUGUGUCAACUUCCGGUCGUUUGGUAUUGUCUGAAAUACGCCGUCCAUUAAAUCAAGUCGACGAGAAAGAUGUUCAACAGGCGGAUCUCUUCAGGACCAGGGUUAAGAGUUCUGGAGAGCAAAAACUAACAGAAAAAAUGGUUCCUGGUUAUACAGGAUUUAUCCCAAAGAGCCAGCAUUACUUUGGAAAUCGUUACGCCGUUAACUGCCGGAAUUCUAUUGCCGAUUUUGAGUUUGAUCAUCGACGUCACGCUGAUAAAAUUAAACAAUUGAAAGUAAUAGCUGAUGUUCAAACAGGAAAAUCUGAUGGAACUCCUGAACUACCUCCUCUAAAAAGUCGUCAUAUCACGCCAUUGAGGUCAGUGACCAUUGAACCCGUGGUUGCCAGAAUGCGGGGUAAUAAAACAGUUGAAUUUCCUGUAUCACCCUACAUGUUACCUAAUGAAAACCCAAUGAAAAACUUCAUGUCAGGCUACACCGGUUUUGUGCCUAGAUCACGUGGUAUCAUCGGCAUGAGUUAUCCAAUCAUAACUCAUGAAGCUCUGAAUACCUUUACUGACGAGAUUUCCCGAUCAAAACAACAGAGCCAACAACCUGUUUGCCUGAGUAGAGAAGAGAAACGUAUCAUAGAUUUAAAAAAUAUUUAUCCAGAAGAAUCCGGUCUGGUACCCCACUACACUGGACACAUCCCUGGCCAGAAGUUCAGAUAUGGAAACACAUUCGGCCAUGGUACCCAGAACGCUUUACACCAUGCUCUUAAACAAAGCGCCUAAUUUCAUUUUUUACCGAUCUUGUUUCAAAAAUAUCUAACCUUCAGUAAUACAUCUUAACAAUAUUAUUUCGAUUUAUAAUUUUACAUACCAGUAUUAUACGAUGCAUUUUUGUCAAAGACGUAACCGAUAUUGAUAUACGUAUAUGCUUAUGUUACCCGGCAAAAUGACAUUCAAUUUCAAAAGGAUAUGAUUUAUUUUGGCAGAUUUUGCAAUCCGUACAGGCAAUUCACAGACAUGUUAAUGCUUAUGAAAAUUAAUCAUGAUGAAUGGGAUUUGCUAUUGGAACUUUGUAUUUGUUUGAUCCCUCUUAUCUUUAUACAAAUCACGUAGCUUUGUAAUAUUCGAUUUUAGUUGUGUUAAAUAUUUCUUAAAGUACCUGAUAAUGUGUUUUAUAAGAUUUGUUUGAUACGACGAAUGGUUCGUGCGUUCCUCUUCCCUUUAUGCAAAUCAACAAAUUUUUUGAAAUAUCUGAUUAUGUCUUCAUGGUUUGUUUAAUACGCCAAAUUGUUCUUACCAAAUAUUGGAUUUGAAUUGACAGAUAUAUUUUCUAUGAGAUUUUUUCAACUUUGAUUGGUCAAGCUUCAGGCUUUUAUUUUUUUAUUAAAAAAAAUAUGGUGAUAAAUUUGAAAUCUCAUUAUACACGUCCUUUUAUUUCAAAAAUCCUUUGCGAGGUUCGCAUACCAGGAAUAUCAUUGAUCAACAUAUAAGAUUAUAAAAGAUUCGUUAUAUAUUCUAUUAAUUCGUUAUAAAAUUGAUCUUAUUUGUAGAAAAUAAUUAUUUGUGUCUGUGAUAUGUAUAAUAUACACACUCUUUGCCUACAUAUAUUUCAGUCCUAAGUGUAUAAAGUUUUUGUAUAUAGAAAUAUACCGUCCAUAUUUACUUGUAAUAUAUUUUUGUAUAUAUUGUAAAUCAAAGAUUGUAUACUUUAUACUUUUGUAAAUCAAAUUUUAUUUGUUCUAAAGUGUGUGAGAAAGA